CACCGGGCAACCUUUGGGUUAGGCGUGUGGCGUGCGUGUCUAUAAUGGCGAGGUGAACCGAGUCCAGCGACUCACAUUACAUACUGCUGACGGACAAACCCCAUGUCACCAAGGGAGGGCCAUGCGAUCUGGUCAGCAAACAAGAGGAUGGUAGCCCUUUUUUCUGAAGUGCAAGGGGCAAAGUCGACGUCCGAAGUCGAAAGUCGAGACUCGAAGCCGAAAGGCACAAAGCAGUAUACUGCACACUUGAAUGUCUCCAUCCCCAAUAACCUCCGCCAGGACAAGCGGUCCAAAGCGGAUCGACACCAACCCUUGACCAACCAAAAAAAUGCGGCAAACGCACCCCUCGAGGAUUCCCACCCAAGGGCAAUCUCUGUGGCAACAUCCGGACGCUACCCCGAUAGGCCCAAGUAUGGGCAAGGGUCGGGUGGUGCUAGAAGUCUUGCUGCUACAUGUCUUGCGGGGCCAAGGAAGGCCGACAGCGCCCAUUGAAGGCAACGCGUCGGGGCCCGCAACCCUUUGCAACUAGGUCAGGGAUUGCGUACCGGUCCUUCCAUUGGGCUCGUUUGAGGGCGAAGGGGACAGCAAUCCGUAAAUCACGGUCGAUCGUGCACAAACUUCCGGAGACAGUCAAGUACGAGUUCGUUGUCAGGCCCAUAUGUUAUCUCAUUGUUGACUGGAC